AUGGCACCAGCACCGUACGUCGUACCCAUUGUCGACUCCACAGCCAUCUUCAAGGACGAUAUCUUCAAGGGGAAGGUCCUGUUCUGCACGGGCGGAGGUUCUGGGAUAUGUCGCGGAAUGACCGAAGCCAUGAUGCGCCACGGCGCCAACGCCGUAAUCCUGGGACGCAAAUUCGACCGUCUAACCCAAACGGCCAAGGAGCUGUCACAAGCUACCGGUCGCGAGUGCCUUCCAGUGCAGGUGGACGUGAGGGAGCCGGCGACUCUGAAGGAGGCUGUCGCGAAGACCAUCGCAAAAUUCGGAAGAAUCGACUACGUCAUCUGCGGUGCUGCUGGAAACUUCCUCGUGCCCAUCCAAAACAUGUCGGAAAAUGCCUUCAAGACGGUGAUGGAAAUCGACACCAUUGGAUCCUUCAACACGGUCAAGGCGACCCUCGCCCACGUCCGUGCUUCGAAGGGGGCUUACAUCCAUGUGAGCGCAACCUUGCACUAUAGCGGGACGCCGUUCCAGGCGCACGUUUCUGCCGCAAAAGCUGGUGUGGACGCGCUGUCCGCCGUGCUGGCCGUAGAGGAGGGCCCGAACGGUGUACGCUCGAACGUCAUCGCCCCGGGGCCCAUCGCCAAUACCGAGGGUAUGGACCGCCUGUCGCCGAAGGGCGACGAGUAUAAGCUCCCCGGUUACCCCGCAGGCCGCAUGGGCGUCGUCGGCGAUAUUGCGAACGCCACGGUGUUUCUCUUCAGCGAUGCGGCUGCGUACAUCACCGGCCAAGUCCUCCCCGUCGACGGAGGCUCCAUGCACCUCCAGGGCUCGUUACUCCCCUAUCCCCAGGGCGUGCUUGAUCCUGCUACCGUCCAGCAUAUGAUCAAACCCAGGCUGUAA